GACCUCCUCUUGCCUUGAAAACAAUCGUUGUCUUUGGGUUCCGGUUAAGGAAGAAAGCUUUUCAACGUUUGUUGUUAGCCAGACUGCUCAAAAUGCCGAAGUUUUAUUGUGAUUACUGUGACACUUACUUAACGCAUGACUCGCCUUCUGUGAGGAAAACCCACUGCAGUGGCCGCAAACACAAAGAAAAUGUAAAAGACUACUACCAGAAAUGGAUGGAAGAGCAAGCACAGUCUCUUAUUGACAAAACAACUGCUGCUUUCCAACAAGGGAAGAUUCCUCCAACACCAUUCCCAGGAGCCCCACCUCCAGGGGGUGCCAUGAUCCCCCCACCAAACCUGAAUGGCCCCCCACGUCCAGGGAUGCUCCCAACACCCCCAAUGGGUGGUCCUCCAAUGAUGCCCAUGAUGGGUGGUAUGGGACCGCCCCCACCUGGAAUGAUGGGUGGACCAGGUAUGCGACCUCCAAUGGGAGGCCGAAUGCAGAUGAUGCAUGGACCUCAUAUGAUGCGACCUCCUGGUCACCCAAUGAUGGUGCGGCCAAUGAUGGCAAGGCCAGACCGAUAAACUCUUAGAAAUCCUCCAACACACACUAUGGGAUUGGUCCACAUGAUCAGUAAAUUGUAUUGUCUCACUUAUCCCCUAAUAUCGGUUUGAUUAGGAACAUCUGUGGUUGAUGAAAGUGAAUUCCAAUUAUGGUAGCUGACAAAUCAAGUAGCCAUUUGGUUGUAACAUUAUUGCAAGUUUUGCUUCCAACUGCAACCAUGUGGAUUUGAAGUUGUGGCUCUGUGCUGAUCCUGUGGAACUAACCCUUUAGCAAAUCCAUUUCCACUCAACAACUGUCUCAUGGACUUAAUUUUACAUAAUACUGGUCAUCUUGUCUUGCUGUACACCCAUCCCUUUUUCUGGAUGGAUUUCAUUUUUAUUGUGCUACUGAUUUUUAUAAUGAUCCCCUCUGCUUAUUCAAGUUUACCUUCACGUUAUUAUUAGGUUGGUGUUUCGGCCCAAGCUAAAGACAAGAUGAGUGUAUGAAAAGAUUGUUGAAUGGGUUAUAUCAUUCACCUAUAGGUGUAUUAUAAGGUCUACAUUUUUAAUUUGGCGUUUUUUAUUUUUACUUGGCAGUAUCAGUCAGAUGACCCAUUGUAUUAAGUUCUUUUUCUACCAUUUUUACAAGCUUAUCCAAUUGACUGUGAAUUUAUUGUAUUACGGUCUAUUAAACAAAAAUGAAACCUUU